AUGUCGACGAUACAACAACUUAAGAACUUCAUCCGACAUGGAAAGCAAGCCCGCACGAAUAAUUACGAUGAGGCCCAACAGAAGAACAACUCCUCCCCCCCACGAGUUCCCGCCGCGCCCGCCCAGACCGAACCCGGCUUCACUGCCCAACCAGCACACGCCCCCAUGGCCGACGCGUACUCUGUAGGACCCGCCGGCGACCAGAACCGCGCCGCCAAAGCCGGUCACGCCGCAGCGCACGCCGUCGAGCCCCAGCAGAAGGUCAAGGUCAAGAAGCAGGUCGACAGUGCCGAGAUCGCCAAGUUGGUCGCUGAGGAAAACGAGACCCGCGGCAAGUUCCCCAAGUACCCCGGACUGGAGCGAUGGGUUCUCCUCGAGAAGAUGGGCGACGGCGCCUUCAGCAAUGUCUACCGAGCCCGCGACACCACGGGUGAGCACGGCGAGGUCGGCAUCAAGGUCGUCCGCAAGUACGAAAUGAACAGCAUGCAGAGGGCGAAUAUCCUCAAGGAAGUCCAGAUCAUGCGCCAACUUGACCACCCCAACAUUAUCAAGCUCAUCGACUUUUCCGAGUCCCGCCAGUAUUACUACAUCAUCCUCGAGCUAGCCCCGGGUGGCGAACUCUUCCAUCAGAUUGUCCGCCUCACCUACUUCAGCGAAGAGCUCUCAAGGCAUGUCAUCGUGCAGGUUGCCAAGGCGCUCGAGUAUCUCCACGAGGAACGAGGUGUUGUUCACAGGGAUAUCAAGCCUGAGAAUAUUCUGUUUGACCCAGUGUCGUUCAUUCCGUCCAAGACCCCCAAGCCCAAGCAGCCCGGUGACGAAGACAAGGUGGACGAGGGCGAGUUCGUUCCCGGCUAUGGCGCUGGCGGCAUUGGCCGCAUCAAGAUUGCCGACUUUGGCCUCUCCAAGGUUGUGUGGGACACCCAGACCAUGACGCCUUGCGGCACCGUCGGCUACACCGCGCCAGAGAUCGUCAAGGAUGAGCGAUACUCCAAGUCUGUGGACAUGUGGGCCCUCGGCUGUGUCCUGUACACGCUGCUCUGCGGUUUCCCCCCUUUCUACGACGAGAGCAUCGAGGUGUUGACCGAGAAGGUGGCCAAGGGACAGUUCACGUUCCUGUCACCGUGGUGGGAUGAUAUCUCGAAGAGCGCACAAGAUCUCAUUUCCCAUCUUCUGGCCGUGGAUCCCGAGAAGAGGUUCACCAUAACCGAGUUCCUCGCUCACCCCUGGAUCCGCGGAUCCGGACCCACGCCGCGCGAUGAGCGACCGCCGAGCGUCGAGCCGCUUCGUGCUUUCGACCCGUCACGCUUCGGCGAGGGCGCUCAGCGCUACGACUUCCGCUCACCCGGCGCCGUCAACCUGCGCGAGGUCUUUGAUGUCGGUUACGCCGUCCACAGGCAAGAGGAAGAGGCGAAGCGACGCAAGCAGAUGGGAGUCAAGGCGGGCGAGGCGCCUGCUCUAGCCGGCUUGAACGAAGAAUCCGAAGACGAGGACAGCCAAAUGACCGACGCCAAGGACGCCGAAUACGUCCACAAGCCCACGCAGGGCACACAGGCGCUCGAGCAGAGCAUGCGAAACGCCCACAUCAGGGACCAGAAGGAGAGGGAGCGCGGUCGCGAGCGUGAGAGGCACGCUCCGACCGAGAAGGGAUACGGCCAGCACUCGCCGGCUGUGACGGCGGCUGCUCGCCAGCAGGUGCGGGAUCGCAACCGACAGAAGGGCGCUUUCGAGUUGAACCUCGACGGCGCGACAUUGCUCGGACGCCGUGCGAAGCAUCCUCUGGCUGAGGUUACCGGAGCAUAG